AUGUCCGAAUCUUUCGAAACGCCUCCAAAGCCUCUUGGGGCUACUACCAUCGCCAAUGUUGACAUCGAUGCACGGGCGGAACGGGCACUGGUCUGGAAGUUUGACCUCCGCCUGCUUCCUGUACUGGCUGUCAUGUAUCUCUUUAACAGUCUUGAUAAAUCCAAUUUAGGCAAUGCAAAGACAGCAGGUCUGGAAGACACACUUCACCUGGAAAAGAAUCAAUAUAAUAUGAUAUUGAGUAUUUUCUUCGUGCCAUACGUUCUGACGGCACCUUUCCUUGGUCUACUUGGAAAGAAGUAUGGACCCAAUAUUGUGCUUCCAAGUAUGAUGCUCGCAUUCGGUCUCUGUACAAUUUUGGUAGUGGCUGCAUACAACUUCAGCGGUCUAUUUGCCAUUCGGUGGUUUUUGGGUAUGGCAGAGAGUGCCUUCUUUCCUCUGGUUAUCUACUAUCAGACAACCUUUUAUCGCCGAGGUGAACUUGCUCGUCGGCUAGCAAUUUUCUAUGCCGCACAAAGUAUCGCAUCUGCCUUUUCCGGGCUACUAGCUUUCGGCGUAUUCCGUAUUCACACUGGUCCAUUAGCAUCCUGGAGAUACUUAUUUCUAAUCGAAGGCUGUGGGACUGUUCUCUUUGCGCUCUUUGCUCUUUGGUAUCUCCCGAGGUCGGCUUCAGAGGCAAAUUUCCUUACUGAGGAGGAAAAGGAGCUUGCGUACCUCCGGCUUCAAAUUGACAGCUCCUCGGUGGUUGAAGAAGAACUCAACAUUCGAGAUGCAUUCCGUGUGUUCAAACAUUGGACUAGUUGGGCCAUUUUGGCCAUCCAAAUUUGCCUUGGCGUACCACUCCAAGCUGUUCAAUUAUUUCUUCCAGUAAUUAUUGAACGUCUUGGCUACAGUACGGUCAAGACCAACCUUUACACUGUCGCGCCUAAUGUUUCAGGUGCAGCAAUGUUGUUGAUAUUGGCCUUCGCUAGUGACUGGACCAGAUGGCGCUUCCCGUUUAUCGUACUGGGCUUUUUGUUCACCUUCGUUGGAUUUGUUAUAUACGCAGCCAUCGAUGUUCAAAAUCAACUGAGUGUCGCUUACUUUGCUUCGUUCAUGAUGACUUGGGGCACUUCCGCACCUUCAGUUCUUCUCGAUUCCUGGUACAACAACAAUAUUGCUAACGAGGGACGACGUGUUGUGUUAACUAGUAUCGCUGUUCCAAUGGCGAACCUUAUGGGAGUUGUUAGCUCCAAUAUCUUCCGUAGCCAGGAUGCGCCCAAGUACUUCCCUGCACUAAUUACCACAUCCGUGUUUGGAGGUACUGGAAUAAUUUUGACGCUGUGCCUUGGCAUCUGGAUGAUGAUAGACAACAAGCGAAGAGACCGGAAGCAAGGAUUUCAUAUCAAAGCAAGAGAUAUCCCUACAGAGAAUCUCAACGAGGGGCCCGCAAGUGAUGACUUCCGAUGGUUCUAUUAA